AUGAUCGUUCAGCGCCUUUCGGCGGACGAAUGGCUCGGCUGCUCUCUUAUGUUUGAUGAUGAGCAGGUUCACCGGAUUGCGCAUGUCCUCUACGCUCUUCGACUUUCACUAGUCGAGUUGAACGAAUAUCACGCUCGUCUUUCUUCACCUGUUGUCGAACCUGGACAUAUACCCCCGCGUUUCUGUCCCUCGAUUUCCUCUUUCUCCAUCCGCGAAACCAAGAUACCUUUUGUCUAUGCCUAUCCAUUGCAACACAACCCUGCGUCCGUCACUUUCAAGGCCACUCGGACCGAUACAAAGGAGUCAGUUGUGAUCAAGUUUGUGCGACAGUAUGGCCACGAUGUACAUCAAUUGAUGGCAGUACAUGGACUUGCUCCCAAGCUGCUAUCAUUCUCCCCGCUCGGUGAACUGUACGGUAACCUUAAUCUUGUUGCCAUGGAGUUCAUCGAGGGCAAGACGCUCCACGAUGCAUACGACAUCUCACAACCGCUACCAGAUUCGGUCAAAAACAGCGUCCGCAAAGGACUCGAUCUUCUGAACAAAGAAGGAUUUGUCUUUGGGGAUCUUCGCAGACCCAAUGUCAUGCUCGCUGACGGGGAUGAACCGGCCGAGACGCGCAUACGAUUCGUUGACUUUGAUUGGGCAGAAAAGGAUGGAGAGAUGAGGUAUCCCUUCCAUGUCUCCAGUGUUGUCAGUGAUCCCUCUGGCGCCUCCGAGCACGAUCGUAUCACACAUCAGCACCAGGAGAACAUGUUUACCCACUUACAGGUUUAUUUUGAGUUAUUUUAG